AAAUAUUUAUAAUUUUAUACCUGAUUCCUGAACUUCAGAACCUGAUACGGUGAGGUGAGCAGUUGAGACUUGAGAGAGGCGGAGAGCAGAGAAUCAGAGAAAGGCUGAGGCGGAGAACAGACUGGAGACUAGAGAGAGGCGGAGAGCAGAGACUAGAGAGAAAGAUUGUCGUUGCCCAGUAUCUAUUGCAAUGACAGACUCCUCCAACAAGAAGCUACAAGGCAAAGUAGCCAUAAUCACUGGUGGGGCAAGCGGCAUAGGCGAGGCUACCGCGCACCUUUUUGCCCAACAUGGUGCACGCAUGGUUGUGAUCGCCGAUAUCCAAGACCAACUGGGUCACCAAGUAGCCGCUUCCAUAGGCAUAGACAAGUGUCAAUACGUGCACUGUGAUGUUUCCGAUGAAGACCAAGUCAAGAACAUGGUUGAAUCAAUUGUCCAGAAACAUGGCCAGCUCGACAUCAUGUUCAGCAACGCUGGGACAGCGAGUAGCUCUGAUCAGACAAUCCUCGAGCUCGACAUUUCAGGGUUCGAAAAAGUGAUCAAAAUCAACACGCGCGGCAUGGCUUUGUGUGUGAAACACGCGGCGCGUUCGAUGGUUGAGAGGCGCGUGAAGGGGAGCAUAAUAUGCACAGGAAGUGUAGCCGCUAGCCAAGGUAGAAAUAUGUUCACAGAUUAUUGCAUGUCAAAGCACGCAGUGCUGGGUCUGGUUCGAGCGGCAAGUGUGCAACUUGGGCAGCAUGGGAUUAGAGUGAACUGUGUAUCACCCUCUUUGGUGGCUACACCAAUGUCAUGUGGUGCAUGUGGAAUGGGUGCAGAGCAAAUGGAGAAGAUUUCUGAAUCAACUUCAACCUUGAAAGGGGUUGUGUUGAAGGUGGGAGAUGUUGCCAAUGCUGUGCUCUUUCUUGCAUCUGAUGAUUCUGGUUUUGUCACUGGACUUGACUUGAAGGUUGAUGGGGGCCACUUAGGUAGUAGGUAAUCAAGCUCCAAUGAGUAUUGUUUUAAUUGAGAUGGAAAGCAAAGAGUUUUAACUUCAACCAUGUAGUCUUGAAGAAAAUAAGUUUUAAGGAAAGUUUUUUAUGCAAA